UGCACUAUGAUAAUAGUGACAUUUGAACUCUGGAUGAAAACAAACCGAUCAGCUGAUGUAAAACAUCUACAAGGUUCCUGAAGCUGUUUCGGUUUUCUUUCCGAGAUAUCAGACACUGGGCAUCUUCAAAUGUUCAUUUUUUUUUCUAUAAUGACUCAACAUUUCUGUAAUAAUAAGAGAGUCAAUCGGCGACCUUCGGAGUCGAGCUCACUUCUAGGUUUGAGAUGAGCAGUCAAGGUCCAUGUGUAGAUAAAGGAAUGAACACAGCCCUCAUCUGCCAAGAGAGCUACGCCUGCGGUGGUACAGAUGAAGCUACAUUUGAAUGUGAUGAAUGCAGAAGCUUGCAGUGUGCCCGAUGCGAACUGGAGCUUCACCGCCAAGAGCGGAUGAGGAAUCAUGACCGGGCCCGGAUUGAGCCAGGGCACGUUCCGUUCUGUGACUCCUGCAAAAGUUACACCACCUGCUCCGGCAACAGCGGGCGGCUUCGAGCAGCUGUGCGCUGCCAAGGUUGUAAGAUCAACAUGUGCUUGGACUGUCAGAGACGCACCCAUAGUGGAGUCAACAAGAGGAAGCAUCCACUGACUGCUUAUCCUCCAGCCAAGCCUCCACAGGAGGAUAACAUGACCAAUGAGGAGACUGAACUCCUGAAAACCCAACUGGAGAAGGUGUGCAGUUUCCUUUUGGUGGAUGAGAAGGAAGAGAUGCAGGUGAACAAUGAAGGCGACUUUGUGAACAGACUAGGUUGCAACCCAGAUGAGCUCCUCAAGGUGGUCUCCAUAUUUGGGAACACUGGCGAGGGCAAGUCCCAUACCCUGAACCACACAUUUUUCCUUGGAAGAGAAGUGUUCAAGACCUUCCCAACACAGGAAUCUUGCACAGUGGGUGUUUGGGCAGCUCUAGAUCCUGUCCACCAUGUGGUUGUCAUCGACACAGAAGGACUACUUGGGACUGGGGCAAACCAGGGUCAGCGAACCCGACUGCUUCUCAAGGUACUGGCUCUCUCCGAUGUGAUUAUUUAUCGAACUCGUGCUGACCGUCUCCAUGAUGAUCUCUUCAAGUUCCUUGGCGAUGCAUCAGAUGCCUACCUGAAGCAUUUCACCAAGGAGUUGAAAGCAAUAACCACCCGCUGUGGACUGGAAGUCCCGCUGUCAACUCUGGGCCCUGCUGUAAUCAUCUUCCAUGAGACAGUUCACACGAAGUUGCUCGGAUCAGACAAACCAUCUGAAUCAACUGAGCGUCUCCUCCAGGAGCGUUUCAGGAAACUAGGCUUGCUUCCAGAAGCAUUCAGCUACAUCCGGUACUGUGGAACUCGAACUUAUAACCCUCCCACAGACUUCAGUGGUCUUCUAUGCAAUUUGGAGCAACAACUGUGUAACACCACCACCCGCUCACCACGUUGCGCGAGAGUCAUCUACAAGGCUCUGCAAGCCCUCAGUGACUGCUUUAGUGGGGAGAUACCAGAUGAGCACAUGACGGGUAACUGCUUCUUUCCAGAUGACUACUUUACCUGUGCAAGCAUCUGCCUGAGCUGUGGUUUAGGCUGUAAGAGAAGCAUGAAUCACCUCAAGGAAGGGCUUGACCAUGAAGCCAAACAUCUGUGCCGUUAUUCUGCACAGUACAAUAACCAGAUCUACACCUGCAAGGCUUGCUAUGAGGGAGGUCAGGAGGUGAUAGUAGUUCCAAAAGCAACAGCCUCUUCAGACUCAUCGUGGUUUGGCCUGGCUGUUUACGCCUGGUCUGGGUAUGUCAUAGAGUGCCCCAACUGUGCAGUGAUCUACAGAAGCAGGCAGUACUGGUAUGGAAACCAGGAUCCAGUGGAAACAGUGGUCAGAACAGAGAUCCAGCACAUCUGGCCUGGGUCUGAUGGCUUAUUGAAGGACAACAACAAUGCUGCCCAGAGAUUGCUGGAUGGAGUGAAAUUCAUUUCCCAGUCAGUGUCUGAACUCAGUCUCAAGCCCGCCAAAGCAGUCACAUCCUGGCUUACUGACCAGAUUGCUCCAGCCUACUGGAAACCUAACUCUCUUAUCGUGAAAUGUCAUAAGUGCCACGAGGAGUUCCAGGCCAACGACACUAAGCACCACUGCCGUGCCUGUGGAGAGGGCUUCUGUGAUGCCUGCUCCUCCAAAUCCCGUCCGGUCCCAGAGAGGGGUUGGGGGCUUGACCCUGUUCGAGUGUGCGAUGGAUGCUUCCAUGACAGGGGUAUCCCAACGGAGUUGCUAGAUGCUGCUCUGGAGGAGGAAGGAAGUACCCUGAUGGCCAGGAAAGUUGGAGAAGCUGUUCAGAACACAUUGGGAGCUGUAGUUGGUGCCAUUGAUAUUCCUCUUGGUUUGGUGAAGGAUGCCGCACGCCCGUCCUACUGGGUCCCAGACCAAGACAUCGAGUCCUGCUGCGAGUGCCAGAGGGAAUUCUCUCCAUGUCUGUCCAUCCACCACUGUCGUGCUUGUGGCAGAGGAGUGUGUGACGAUUGCUCUCCCAAGCGACGCCCUGUCCCCUGCCGUGGCUGGGACCACCCGGUCAGGGUCUGCAACACCUGCAACCAGAAACCCGGAGAGCUCUAGCAGGAAUCACAAGAUCUGCUAGUUCCUAGCCUCAGCAGGAACUAGAACUGACAGCCUUCUUAUGCCUCAUUUUUUUGGCCAAAACACCUCAAAGUGUCUUUUGAUGACUGCUGCUAGAUUGUUUUUAAGCAUUGACCUUAUGUCAAGUCCUUGUAUGCUUCUUCACUUGGUGAGGAACAAUCCUAGGAUGUCAGCAAAGAAGGUGCAAUAAUUCACAAAAGUGAUGUGGAAGUUGUUUUUUCUUGCAAUUUCGUAUUGAAACAAGCCGUUCUGACAAUCCCCCUUGAUGUGACGGAAAUAAUCGCACCGUUUGGAGUUAGUGGCGACAUCUGUAAACCCUUUAAUAACAGAACUUAAUGCAGUAACUAAAUACAGGUAAUUUUAGAUAGUGUUCUAGAUAUUCAGGAAUUGCAUUAGAGGAAUGAAGGGAAAAUUUAUAGAAACAUCUCAGUUUGUAUUCAUGUAUGACCGUUUUUUUGUUUUGCUUUUUUUUUUUUUUUUGCUGAACUCAAACAAGAAGCUAUUAAUGUGCAUUUCAACCUGCAGCACUUAUUUAGCAGUUUUUGCACAGAUAAGUUACUAGCCUUAAUGCUGUCAGUAUUGGCAUUGUAAAUUGUUACGUUGGAGUUUACAAAAUUUUAAUGGCCCGUGCUUGUUUUUGAAACCGUCACGUUAGCAAGUCUUUGGACCACCAACACCUUUGAGCCUGGCCCCUCAGAACCACAAUAGUGUAAUUAUUGCUCUGUUUACUCAGGCUGUGUGGAAGAUGCUGGUAAUAACUGCAGUAUGAAGUCCAGCUUGGUGCAACCAU